UGGCCAUUUAACCUUUGAGAUUUAGAGUUUGCGCUCUCCCCGCCCCAAUUGCCGCUGUUAGUCCCGCCCCGCCCCCUUGCCCUUGAAAUCCCGACUUCCCGACUGGCCCGUGGCUAUCACGUGACGGCCAUGUCUUGCGAGUGCUAGCCAGGCAACCGUCCUGGAGACUGACACCGCUGGCCACACCAUGAACGUGAUCUACCCCCUGGCGGUGCCCAAGGGGCGCCGGCUCUGCUGUGAGGUGUGCGAAGCCCCAGCCGAGCGGGUUUGCACGGCCUGUACAGUCACUUAUUACUGCGGCCUUGUGCAUCAGAAGGCGGAUUGGGGCAGCAUCCAUGAGAAGAUAUGCCAGCUGCUAAUCCCCCUGCGAACCACCAUGCCCUUCUACAACUCAGAGGAGGAACGGCAGCAUGGCCUGCAGCAGCUGCGGAAGAGACAGAAGCACUUGAUUGAAUUGUGCUACACCGUCGCCCAGAAAUAUCUCUUUGAAGGAAAACACGAGGACGCUGUCCCUGCGGCUCUGCACUCCCUUCGCUUCCGAAUGAGUGUGUACGGCCUGAGCUCAGUGGAGCUUGUGCCUGCUUACCUGCUCCUGGCUGAGGCCAGCCUUGGUCUGGGCCGGAUAGUGCAGGCUGAAGAAUACCUAGCCCAAGCCCAGUGGACAGUGCUCAAGUCAACCGACUGCAGUAGUGCCACUCACUCUUUACUGCACCGGAACCUGGGCCUCCUCUACAUAGCCAAGAAGAACCAUGAGGAAGCUCGCUACCACCUGGCUAACGAUAUUUAUUUUGCCAGUUGUGCGUUUGGGUCAGAAGACAUCAGGACCUCAGGCGGCUACUUCCACCUGGCCAACAUCUUCCAUGGCCUUCAGAAAAUGGAGGUGGCUGACACACUGUACACAAAGGUCUCGGAGAUCUGGUAUACAUAUCUGAACAAUCACUGUCAAGCCCUCUUACAGGCUCGUUCCCAAAAGGCAGAUUUACUGGGCAAACAAUUUGUGAAUGACACCGGCUUGGAUGAAGCCCAGGAAGCAGAAGCCAUUCGGAUCCUAACUUCCAUCCUGAGCAUUCGAGAGUCUACUUCCGGCAAAGCGCCCCAGAAAACCAUCCUCAUUCUGAAGACCCUGAGCAUGCUUUACUAUCUGAUGAUGGAGAAUUCAACAGCAAAGGAGUAUGCGCGGAGAGCCCUCAGCCUAGCCGAGGAACAUCUUACUGAGGAGGAGCAAAUGAUCGUCCAAGAGUUACUGGCUAUCGUCUCAGCAGAGGUAGAAAAACAGCCCAACGCCUAGAGAGAGCGGGCUGCUGCUGGGGCUGCAGCCUGACCGAUGCGCGGCUGCUGGGGUCCUGUGGCCUGCUUCCACCCCUCCCCAGGGACUGCCUGAGGGACUGCCAUCCUAUUAACUUGUGAUGUACAGAGCUUUGGGCACAGUAGUCAAUAAAACUGUUGUUGAU